GUUAGCUAGGAGGAAGCAACAGAACUUCCUCCUAGCGCUGACCUAAUCAUAGGGGGCCCGGUCGCGCUGUUAAAGCGCUGCAGCGCUAACAGGGCCCCUGCAGACUCAUUGCCAUCAGGGGGCCACCCGAUAGGACCUCUUGUUGUGCGACCCGCACGCACCACGGCGGCCGCAAGGGGCAAUUGCCCCUUUUGCCCCACAUGAAAGCCCUGCCUGUGAUUGAGGUAAGUAGAAAGGAUGUCAGGGAUGAGUUAUGGCACCCGGUGGCAUUAAAGACUGCAUAGUGGUUAAAAUUGAGAGUAAUGGGGUUAUCAUUGUUGUUCUAAUGUAUACUAACUUUUUUUUGCAGUUGAAUCUGAAAGACAUAGCAAGUUAAAAUGACAUGCAGCCCUUCAGAAACAACAUAGAGGCAAAUCAUAGAUGAAAAAACUGACAGAUCUAAUAAAUUAAACUAUUCAAAUUAGAAGUAAAAAAAGUGUCGGAAAACUGAUAAAUCUCCCCAAAAAGUGAAAAUGGAUUUGUAUUUAUUUUCAAAUUUUGGCAAACAUGUAACCUGUGCUGCGGUGAAUAUCCUACCUGUGCAGCUCAAAGUAAUAUUAACUUUUCUGAGCUUGCAGUACCUCGCCAAGCAGAUUUUGAACUUUUUUUUUUUUUUACAAGACAACAGCAACCGUAAAAGGAAAAAAGGGGCGUAGCGUGAAUGAGAAAAAUUAGACGCAAGACGUAUCGCCGUGAAACUCCGCCCCUUCCGCCUGUACGUUUCUUGCUGUCCUUAGUGUCAAUUAGAGGAGACAAGAUGGUUCCUCCUGUGCAGGUAUCUCCGCUCAUUAAAGUAAGUAUAGUUUCUUCCUAAUUAUCGAUAGUGUAAAUUCUGCACCGAACAUAAUUCUGGGCAGAUCUGUGGAUAGACGCUGACUGAGCUAAAUUGGUCUGUUUUCUUUCCGAGAUUUGAAGGUGACACUGAGUUUGUGGCCUUUAGUCGGAGCGAAGCAAUUAUGCAGCUACCCUCCUCUAGAAGCACUGUGUGGGUAUAUUCAUAUUUUUUUGCGGCGAAAGUGUUUUAGCAAAAUGUCGUAUUCUGAUUUUUAAACGUGAUGGGGGGAGAGGUAAACUCCUGAAGACCCAAUUUGUUUCCUCUAAUAGUAAUGUGUUUUUUUUAGAUACUCCAUUUAAAGUGUGAAGUUAGGGUUGUUUCGUGGUCACGUCUUAAACUCAAAUUGGGAAAAUAUUCUAAAGGCUGCCGAGGAAUAAUCGUUCCUCAUGAACUGCUCAAUAGUUAGCAAGUUAGAAAAUGCUACUCCUAAUAGUUUCUAUCCUACAAGUUAAAAACCAAUAGUGUUCCUUUAACAAUUUAGUAAAUAUACCCCGAUAGAAAAUGUGCAUGUUUUCUUUGUGGGUAUGUGAAAAAGCUGUAGACCUGCCUGCAUCAUUUGCAAGCCCUCCACACUUUACCAGACACACAGACUGACAUUUUGAUAGUUUUACUGUUAGUGCUAAAUUUUGGAAUUCUUGGGACCAUAACUAAUUUUUGCCCUUUUGUUGUAGUUUAUGGUGCUUAGGAUUUCUACAGCAUUUCAUCUCUCACUUCUCCCCUCCCCCUCCUCUCCUUCAACCUGUUUCUUCAGCAGAGAAUGAGAUAUAAUUGAAAGAGGAAUAAUAAUUACUGUAGCUUUUAGAGCUGGGCUUGACAAAUCCAAGGUUGACGGCGAUUAGAAAUUUUGUACUAGCACCUUGGAUUUGGCUGCCCCUCAUUGAAGGCGGCUGUUAAGCUCAGUAUUGAAGGCAGCAGUAAUCGUUUAUUGCUCUGCUGCCUCACGUGAUGUUGAAAUAUGAUUUCACUCUGGCCCCUGCAUUACAAGAAAGUGCACAAGGAAGCAGAACAGGAAAAUUAGAGAGCAUGCACGUUGGACCCCAGGGAAAGGAUUUAUUCAGCUCUCCCAAAGGUAGGGCGGCAGGCUGGAUUUAAUCCAUUAACGUCUUUACGGCAUGCUAUGCCGUCCCGGCAUUAAUGGGCUUAACCGCUUAAGGACACAACUUCUGGAAUAAAAGGGAAUCCCGUCAUGUGUUCUUAAGGGGUUAAACGCCUUCAUGGCGGCAUAGCACGCUGUGGCAUUUAGGACCUCCCACGUUGCCCCGAUCCCUCCCAAACUGCAGAUCACGGUGGGGGGACCUGCCUGGCAACCCAGGCAGGUCCCCUGUGGCCAAUCCGCAGUGAUCUGCAGUUUGUGAUCGCAGUGACAGCCAGUCACUGCGAUCACUGUUACACUGUGUCAGCCAAUGAUUUAGAUCACUUCGAUCUGAGAGAGAGAGGCAGAGAGAUCGUUGCUGGAGAGCCCUGUUGGAGAAAAACCUGUGUGUAAAAAUAAAAAAAAGUGUUUUUUUUUUUUUAAUAACCAUUCCAGUGCUGGUCACAGCAUUUAAAACUGUGAUCAGCCUGUUUAGGGAUUUUAGUACAUUUUGUACUAUUAUUAUUUUAAUUUUUUUAGGGUCAAACAUUUUUUAAUUUUUUUUGUCCCUUUGUCAGCCGCAGCAACCCAAAUCACCCUUAACCCUUUCCCCGCUGCUGUGAUCACUGUACUGUACAGUAUUGUACCAGUGAUCACUGUGAUCAUGUUGACUUUUUUGGGGGGUUAUUUUUAUUAAAAAAUCAAAAAAUAAAAUAAAAAUUAACCCUUUCUGUACUGGUCGCAGCAGCCUAAACUGCGAUCAGUACAUUUAUUUUAUUUUUUGUGAGUUUUUGAGGGCCCCCCGAAUGGCACGUCGCUACUCGGCUGAGGAGGCAUACGCCAUUCUGGCAGGCAGUGAUAGUGACACUCUGCAAGACAGUGACACUAUCACUGCCUCUGACAUUGAGGCUAUGACUGACUCCUCUAGUGAUGGUGCCCCACCACCACCAACAAGAGGACGGUCAGCGAGCCCAAUGCCAGAAGGAGACUGGUUGCCCCCAAACCUGACGACCCCAGAUAUUCCCCUAUUUACGGCGACCCCUGGCAUCAUUGUUAUGGUGGAUGCUUGGGAGCCCCUAAAAUAUUUUGAUUUGUUCAUGUUAGAGGAAGUAUUUCAGUUAUUGGUUGAGCAAACCAAUUUAUUUGCCAAGCAAUAACUGGCUGUGAAUCCGGGGUCACAUUACAAUAGGCGUAAUAUGUGGCACCCCACGGAUCUCGCAGAAAUGCACAAAUUUUGGGCCCUAACUCUAGUUAUGGGCAUUGUCAAAAAGCCGAGUAUCAGGUCCUACUGGUACAAGCACCCCAUCCUGGCUACCCCUCUUUUCCCUGGGGUUAUGAAGAGGGAUCGCUAUGAGCAGCUGCUGCGUUUCCUCCACUUUAACAACAACACACUGUGCCCCCCAAGAAACGACCCAUUGUUUGACAGGCUGUACAAAAUUCAGCCCCUAAUUGAACUACUGUCAGACAAAUUCUCCCAAAAUUAUGUCCCUGAAGAAAAUAUUUGCAUAGAUGAGUCCUUAAUGAAAUUUAAGGGUAGAUUACUUUUUAAACAGUAUAUCCCUUCUAAACGGUCCCAAUACAGAGUAAAAUUUUAUAAAUUGUGUGAAUCAACAUCUGGAUAUACACGGGCGUUUCGUAUUUAUCAGGGGAAGGAUAGCCAUCUUGACCCACCAGGAUGCCCUGAUUCUGUGGGCACAUGUGGCAAGAUAGUAUGGGACCUAAUCCUUCCUUUGUUAAAUAAGGGAUACAGGCUAUGGGUUGACAACUAUUACACAAGCAUAUAGUUAUUUAAAACUCUAUUUUGCUUUGAGACUGUAGCCUGUGGCACAGUGUGUAAGAAUCGUAGAGGUUUCCCCCAAACCCUGACAAGAGGUAGACGCAGUAGAGGCUCCCUUUCAGCGCUCCGCCAGGAUGAGUUGCUUGCCCUUCGCUUCACCGAUAGGAAAGAUGUGUACAUGUUGUCUACAAUGCACGAUGAAACUUCAGUGCCAGUGUCUGUGAGAGGUGGAACUGAGCAGCUGGAAAAGCCGAAGUGCAUUGUUGACUACAGCAGGUUUAUGGGAGGAGUAGACUUGGCUGAUCAGUGUAUACAGCCCUAUCUGGUGAACCGGAAGAGUAGGACCUGGUACAAGAAAAUUGCAAUUUACAUAACCCAGAUUGCAAUUUUCAAUGCCUAUUUGCUUUAUAAAAAGGAAGCCAUAGGUAGACCAUGCCCAUUUCUAGAGUUUAUGGUCCAAAUUUUGUCUCAAAUUAUAUUUGCCCAGACCCCAAAUCCUAACCCUCCUUUGGAAUCAGAAGAUGUCCAACGACUUUUCAGCAAACAUUUCCCUUCCCGAAUCCCCUCCACACCCUGUAAAAGGUCACCCCAACGGAAAUGCCGUGGUUGCUGGAAAAGAGGAGUCCAAAAGGACUCCCGUUAUUAUUGCCCCUCCUGUCCAUCCCUACCCGCCUUCUGCAUAACAGACUGUUUUAAAGUCUACCAUACAGAGCUGAACUACUAAAUAACUCUGUAUGGUACUUUGGCAGUUUGUUUGCUUGAUUUUCCUGGAUUCCCUGACCUCGGCUUGUCCUGACUACGCUUCGUUAGCUGCCUGUACCGACCCAUUGGCUUGUUUUUCUGACUAUUCUCACUUCUGUAUUCCCCUGACCUUGGCCUGUCCCUGUUUAUGCUAGCCAUUCUAAAGUGGCUACACCAAACAACUCAAAAUAUACUACAUUUGUAGUACUUGAAAUGUGCCUUCACAAAAAAAGCAAAAAAUUAAUCACAGGGUUAAUGCUACAGUAUCUGAGUCAAAGAUGUAUCUGCCUUUCUCUGCCUUCAGAUCAAAGUGUACUUGAUGGUACUGUACUAUUCCUGUGAUAUACUAAAAACCUGGAAACAUUGUACAUGUAGGUAUUGUUAUAUUCAGAAGACUGUGUUAAAUCAAAAUACAGAGGUUUUAGUGCACUAACUAAUACCAGGAUUGACAUUUCUAGUGAAAAUGCAAUUUAUGUGAUUAAAAAGACAAAAUUAAAAGUAGAAAUUGCUACAUGGGCCCAUCAUUUCUGUUAAAAUGGCUAGACCAAACAUAUAAAGGUCUGCCAUUUGUUGUACUCUGUUGUACUUUUGAAAAUGGUAUGCCAUAACGGUGGAAAUGUUAUUACCCAGGCUGCCAUGCUCUCUAAAUAGCCACAUAGGCCCAGCAAAUCACUUUGUCAAAUUUCCAACUUUGAAAUGGACAUCUAAUAUAUUUGUCCCUGUGACUUCCCCAAAAAACAGAAUCUGGUACAUGGGGGUACUGUUAUAUUCAGGAGACAAUGUUAAAAAAAAAAUAAAAAAUAGUGAGGCUUUGUUGCAAUAACUCACAUCAGGAAUAGGAAAUGUCCUGUGAAAAGUGAGUUCAUGUGUGGAAAAAAGCACAAAUUAAACUAUUACCGCUAUGAGGGCCCUUCAUUUCUGAUAAAGUGGUUAGACCAAACUUCAUAAAAUGCAUCAUUUGAAAUACUCUGGGUUGCCUAAUUUAGAAAAUGCUAUGCCACAAUCGUGGAAAUGUUAUUACCCAGGCUGCCAUGCUUUCUCAAAGGCAAGAUAGGCCCAGAAAAUCGCUUUGCCAAUUUUCAAUGUGUAAAACCAAAAAUGGACAAGCGUAUAUUUGACCCUGUAACUUUCCAAAACCCCAUAAAACCUAUACAUGGUGGGUAUCAUGGUGCUCGUGAAACAUCACCACUGAACAGAACUAGGAGGGUUUCAGGGCAGUAUACUAUAUACUGACGUUAAUAUUAUCAGUAAAAGUACAGUUUUUAUGUGAAAAAUGCAGAAAAAAAACCAUAACACUAACUUUAUUAGUUAACACUUUUUUAUUUCUUGGCUGCCAUACGGUCUCAAAGGCAGCCUAGACACAGCAAACUAAUCUGACAAAUUUCAUUGUGAAAAAGCAUAAAUGGAUAAGCCGUAUACAUGACCCUGUAACUUUCAAAAACUGCCUAAAACCUAUACAUAGGGCAUACCGUGCAGCUCGUGAGACAUCACUGAACAGAACUAGGAGUGUUUCAGGGCAGUAAACUAUAUACCAACAAUAAUAUUAUCAGCAAAAGUACAGUUUUUGCCUAAGUGGCUACUACAAAAGACUGGGCAUACCCCAUUUUGAAUACCCUGGGAUGUCUACUUUUUCAAAUGGUAUGCCAUGAUGGCGUAACUUAAAUUUCUUGGCUGCCAUACGGUCUCAAAGGCAACCUAAGCCCAGCAAACCAAUCUGUGAAAUUUCUAUGUAAAAAAUAAAUAGACAGACAAGACGUAUGUUUGACCCUGUAACUUUCAAAAACACCAUAAAACCUAUACAUGGGGGGGGUACAAAUAUGUAUGUUUUAUUGCAGUAAAACAAAACAGUAUUGUGACAUUAUCAGUUAACUCCUUAAGGACGGAGCCAAAUGUACACGUUGUGAACAAAACAAAAUGUAAACAAAACCUGGCAUUUGCGCUACAUGUCUGUCCAACCGUAAUUCACCUCUUUCAUUGUAAAUGCACCCACACUUAUUAUAUAUAAUUUUAUUCAGGGGAAACAGGGCUUUCAUUAAAUAUCAAAUAUUUAGCUAUGAAACAUAAUUUAAUAUGAAAAAAAUUGGAGAAAAUACGAUUUUUUUUUUAUUUUUUUUUAAGUUCUACAUGACAUUUUAAUGGUCAAUGUCAUAAUACCGUUUGCUUUUACUGCAAUAAAAUACACAUUUGUAUUCAGUAAAGUCUCACGUGUAAGACAGUACCCCCUAUGUACAGGUCUUAUGGCAUUUUGGGAAGUUACAGGGUCAAAUAUAGCAUGUUACAUUUGAAAUUGAAAUUCGCCAGAUUGGUUAGGUUGCCUUUGAGACUGUAUAGUAGCCCAAGAAUGACAUUUACACCCAUAAUGGCAUACCAUUUGCAAUAGUAGACAACCCAAGGUAUUGCAAAUGGGGUAUGUCCAGUCUUUUUUAGUAGCCAUUUGGUCACAAACACUGGCCAAAGUUAGCGUUAGUAUUUGUGUGUAAAAAAUGGAAAAAACGAAGUCUCCCGAGUAGAACAGUAACCCCCAUGUACAGGUUUUAUGGUGUCUUGGAAAGUUAUAGGGUUAAAUAUAGUGCUAGCAAAUUAAAUUCCCUUUACUUUUGGCAUGGGUUGUCAGGCAGGUCCCGCUAAUUGUAAUUAAUUAAGAUACCUAAUUAUGUAAAAAUAUUAAAUAUAUAUGUAGAAUUAAUAUAUGUGUGUGUGUGUGUGUGUAUAUAUCUAUAUAAUUUUUUUAAAUAUUUGUGUGUGUGUGUGUGUGUGUGUGUAGAUAUAUAUUAUUUCGUUCUACGUGUAUUUUGAUAUAUAUAUAUAUAUAUAUAUAAAUAUCACAAUAAAGUUAGAACGAAAUAACACACAUCUAUAUAUUUUUAAUUUUAUUUUUUAACGUAUUUACAUAUUUAUUUUUUAUAUUAUAUAUAAAUAUAUAUAACAAUAAUUAUAUAUUUAAUCAGUAUCAGUCUACGUGUAAUUUGAGAUAGAGAGAGAGAGAGAGAGAGAUAUAUAUAUAUAUAUAUAUAUAUAUAUAUAUAUAUAUAUAUAUAUAUAUAUAUAUAUAUAUAUAUAUAUAUAUAUAUAGUAAAAUACACCUAGACAGUGUGUGUGUGUGUAUAUGUGUGUAUAUAUAUAUAUAUAUAUAUAAUAUGAUCUAAGUAUAUAUUAUUUUUUUUUACACUUUUUAAUUUAUUUAAUUUUAUUUUCAGCCAGCAGGGGGGCCACCUGUCAUUACAGGCAGCCCCCCUGCUGGCAAUGCAGGAGGCAGCUCCCCCCGCCAUGUGAUUGUGGGGUCCUCGCAAGGACCCCACUCUCACAUGGCCGGGGGGCUUCCAGGACGUCGGACGUGCCGCAGGGGGGCUCCCUGGGAGUCCCCCCAACCGGGAUCGCCGGCGACCGGGUAAGUAGGAAAAGACCGGAGGGCGUACUAUUACGCCCCGCGUCGUUUAGAGCCGCCUAGAAUAGGGCGUAAUAGUACGCCCUCCGGUCUUAAGGGAGUUAGUGUUAAUAUUUGUUUGUGUGUGAAUGCAAAAAACUAAUUUGAAAGCCAAUUUUGUCCAGUGUUUGUGACUACUAAAAAAGACUGGAUAUAGCCCAUUUGCAAUACCUUGGGUUGUCUCUGAUUGCAAAUGGUAUGCCAUCAUGGGGGUAUUUUCAUUCCUGGGCUGCCAUACGGUCUCAAAGGCAACGUAACCAAUCUGGCGAAUUUCAAUGUGAAAAAACUGAAGCGCAAGCCUUAUAUUUGACUCUGUAACUUUUGAAAACACCAUAAAACCUGUACAUGAGGGGUACUGUUAUACUCGGGAGACUUCGCUGAACACAAAUAUUAGUGUUUCGAAACAGUAAAAUGUAUCACAACAAUUAUAUUGCCGUGUAAUUGCCAUUUGUGUGUGAAAAAUAUUUCAUUUUCACUGACGAUGUCGUUGUAAUACAUUUUCCUGUUUUGAAACACUGAUAUGUGUUCAGCAAAGUCUUCCGAGUAAAACAGUACCCCCAUGUACAAAUUUUUUAUGGUGUCUUGGAAAGUUACAGGGUUAAAUAUAGUGCUAGCAAAUUAAAUUCCCUGGACUUUUGACCUGGGUUGUCAGGCAGGUCCUGCAAAUUGUAAUUAAUAAAACUACAUAAAUAGAAGUAUUUAUAUGUUAAAGGGCCAUUUGGCCUGAAUUGUGGGAGGAGUUAUGGCCCCUAUUUAAACCCUACAGCCCCCCACUCACCUUUGUGGUUCAAGCGGUUUGUAUUCUCCAUAGCAACCAGCACUUCUGGUCCGUAGUUCCCGCCAAAAUUCUAGCCUCCAGCAGCAGUUUGUUGCCAGCAGUUUUCCUGCCUUUGACCUUUCCACAUAAGCAUAACGUGGUAAAUGGCGUUUGGCUAUUUCCCACGUCCGGGCCUAAAAAUGCGGUGAUAGGCUCCUUUCAUAAUACCUGUUCGUGCAUAUUCAUCCGUUCAUGUGCUUCUGCGGUUCGUGCGGCUAAACAGCCGACCGCAGAGCACAUUCACCUUUUUAUUCUUUCGUAUGGCUAACUGCCCAACGCACAACAUAUUUACGUUCGUCUAUAAAUUCACACGGUUUUAAACAGCCGACCGAAAUGUACAUGGCUUUCGUGUGGUCCAUUAACCAACUGCAGAUAUUUCUCUCUGCUUACCAGUCCUCUCAGUUCGUUCGUUUUUAGCCGAACGCAGUAGGCUUUAACCCCUUAAGGACCAAACUUCUGGAAUAAAAGAGAACCAUGACAUGUCACACAUGUCAUGUGUCCUUAAAGGACCACUAUAGUGCCAGGAAAACAUACUCGUUUUCCUGGCACUAUAGUGCCCUGAGGGUGCCCCCUCCUGCCCGGCUCUGGAAGGAGGAAAGGGGUAAAAACUUACCUUUUUCCAGCGCUGGGAGGGGAGCUCUCCUCCUCCGUUCCUCCCCGUCGGCUGAAUACGCAUGCGUGGCAAGAGCUGCACACACAUUCAGCCAGUCGCAUAGGAAAGCAUUAUCAAUGCUUUCCUAUGGACGCUUGCGUGCUCUCACUGUGAUUUUCACAGUGAGAAUCACGCAAGCGCCUCUAGCGGCUGUCAGUGAGACAGCCACUAGAGGCUUUGGGUGAAGGCUUAACCCAUUCAUAAACAUAGCAGUUUCUCUGAAACUGCUAUGUUUAUAAAAGAAUGGGUUAAGCCUAGCUGGACCUGGCACCCAGACCACUUCAUUAAGCAGUGGUCCUUUAAGGGGUUUACAUUUUUUUGUGUUAAAUUUACCUAUCUGUUACUAAGAGAAUUGUUAUGCCUUUCGUUCAAACGAUACAACUCCUUUUCACUUUUCAGCCACCCCUGUUCAAUUCUGUGUUCAGUAUAUUGCUCGUUAGUUUUAUUACUGGUUAUAAAUAUUAAAUCUAUCCCUUUAUUUUACUUUGGCUAUGUUCAUGUAAUUUUAUGGGACACGUCCUUUUUUACACACUGUGGAAUUGUCUUAAAGGCACAGUCAGAUAAUAUUCACUUAAUAGGUAAAUUUCAUACUAAAUACACCACUCGGCACCAUUAAUUACUCACGCAGGAACUUAGUUUUACAUUAUAUAAGUUUAUUUCCUUUCCAUAUUCACAAGAAUAGUUUUUCUGUGCAACUGAGGUCGCUCUGUUAACUACGUCUUUAUCUUUGUUUUAGCAUGCCAUAGGUUAAGCUCUCACGGUUCCUUUUUCACCAGGCUCACUACAGACCAUAAACUCGAUUGCUAAAUAACUGUUUUUAUAAUCCUUAUACUGGUUCCAAACACUUAGCAUACGUAUGAUUUAUAGUCCCAACUACAUAUCCUUCAAGCAUUCUCUAGGAAGUGUCAUCCCAGUAUCCUGUAUUACAGUUUCAGGUAAGAAAGGUUUACCAGUUGCAGUUGUAUUUGUCUUCCCCUGAGGCCUAAUUCAGCCUCCACCCCCAAGCAGGGUUCUAAGCUUCUCAUGGGCCACAGCAAAGUCCCUGCACUAUAAUUUCUACGUCAAUCACCUCCUAAACCAACACCACUACUGCUACUACUAAUUUUAACGGUACAUUGAUCGUUUUUCGUUUUUACAUUUCAUUACUUAGACCUGCGACAAUACCGCAGUUUCACCAAGUUCUACGCCAUCGACUACCAACAGCCUACCAGAUAUCCAGUUUUUCAGUACCAGAUAUUGUUAAUCCUACUCACUACAAUUAUGUUUCUCCUAAAGGCCUCACUUCGCCUUCUUAUCAUUUAAAUUCACAAUUGUGGCUACUCAGGGGCUUGUCUCUAAUAACGGACCAAUGUUCAGGUCCCUCAUAUUACACCGGUUUUUACAUUACAGUAUCCUUGAUACACACCUGUCCAUACGUUCAACGUUUUUACACCAGGCAUACCAGUGGCACGUCUAUCUUACUCCUAUGAUACUAUAUAUAAACUUCCUGUACCUUGUCCAAAGCAAUAGGACUAAAACUCAAGGUUAGUAUCUACAUACGCUCAAGUAUAUCUUUCAAGGAGACAAGCCCCAUCAGAUUAGAGAACUGACAUUUAGGGUUAGGCGCUGGCUUUAGCUACCCUAAGUAAAUACACCAGUCCCGCGAGGUCUACUCCCCACCUCAACACGGAGGUUCAGCCUCACGGCCAUAUCCUCGUUGGCCACCUUGCUCGCUCUUCGUUAGGGCUUCUCAAAUCAGCCACUCGUUUUGAAUCUCUUACGGUCACAGAGAGGCCAACAUUCUGCCACCACGUUCAAGUGGCCAUGAAUUCCCUCUGCCAAAAUCAUAGGUAGAGCCUCUCACCGCCACUUGGCACUAGCAGGGCCCCAUCUAUCACUUGGUUCUAGUUAAAUUCUUCACGUCGGCACUAGUUAGCAGGCCAGUUCUCCGAAGGUCUCAUUCACCCCUCCACAACACCCUACUUAUUCAAAUCAUUAUUCCUUUUUCAGAAUGUCACAAGAAUCCAUCCCCAUCAACGAUCUGUUGUUGGAUGAAAUACACAGCACGCCAGUCAGGCCUGGGUCUCCAGAGGAAUCCCUCACCCCUUCUACCCCCAAAUCCCUGUGAUAUUGGACUAUUCCAAAAAUAUCAUCAGAGCUCAGACUCGGGUAUCCCCUUUCCAGCCUCCGCUAGAAAGGCAGAAUUAUACAGGCUGCUGACGGCACAGGCCAACAACCACAGGCCCGCACUAGUUUGCAAGGGCCAUCUAUGAACACCUCAGAUUCUACUCAGGACACCCUGACUGCUAUUUUGACCAACCUCCAAACAAUGAACAACAGGCUGCUGAAAGUGGAAUCGGCCAUAGCCACCCCAGGUGACUUGACAGGCCCCUCAGGUCCCCCCUGGUUGUCUUGACUGUUCAGACUGGCAUACCCCUCCUCCACGAGCCACUAUCCCUACCCUAUAUGUCUCACCGGCUCAAUCUGUCCCAGCUUCCAUAAAGAAGGAAAUUCUGGAUGGAAAGGAUGUUAAUCUAGUGUCAUUACUCAUAGCCUCUCAAGACAUCCUAGAGAAUAGAGCUUAUAAUUACGGGUACAUUCCAGUGGUCUUAAAAGCCAGAGAUCCACGACUUAACAAGAAACUUUCCAUCCCAAAGUUAUUGGCAUUUAUCGUGACGUUAUCUGCACGCUGUACCCACAUAGGAGGGAAGAGCUUGACUUGCACAAGGUAGUUGACUUAGGCAUAGUCAAGUACGGAGGGUCCUCAUUCUAUGACUAUCAUAAGUCGGUGUUGACCAAGGCAGCUACUCAUCUGGCACAGUUCAACAUAAGAUUUGACUGGUGCCAGAUGGACACAGAACUGUUCUGCCGUCACUUUGCCGGUUUGAGGCCCCCGUCCUGUGCUGCCUGUAGUUCCACUUCACCGACUUGUGCCCUUGUGCGGCAGAUCCUUCCACAUCUUACCACUCCAUCACCUCACACACAAGACAAGAAGGCGGCAGAGAGACAAGCUGGACAGAACCAUUUCAUUCCUGGGCAAGGCGCAGGUGUGCAAUAAUUUUAAUGCCGGGGCAUGCAGGUUGUUACACAUCUGCUUCAGAGCACACACCAAGACUAUGUGCCCGGCCCGACUGUCACCUAAGAAAUGAGGUUAAAGUUGACAUCCCUACUUACUACCUGCGUUCACACAAAGCUAGGCAUCUGGUAGAUUAUGUGGUGACUUGUUUCUCACAGGGGUUUCACACGGGCCUCAUUGCCAUCCCAACAGGUUCACUCGAAUGCCUAACCUAUUAUCAGCAUCCAAUGACCCGCUUACGGUGGACCACCUUCUGUCCCAUGAAACCAAUGCUGGUUUCAUGUUCGGCCCUUUCUUCACCAUACUCAUCAUGGCGUACCAGCCUCAUCGAAAUAGCCAUUCACUAACACUCUAAUAAAAAAAAAACUUUGAUCAUUGACCUCUCUGCACCUCAUUCUUCCUCCAUUCCCAGCAUCAGCUCUCUCAUACCCGCUGAGGAGUUGUCAAUGUAGUACGCCAAAAUUGACGACGCUAUGCAAGCUAUUAUCACAGCAAGCAGUAAGGCAUGGUUAAGCAAGACCGAUAUUACCAACACCUUUAAACUGCUACCCAUUCACUCUUCGCUAUGGCACUUGCACAGUGUUAAAUGGAGGGACCAGUAUUUUUCUCUACCCGGCUCACUUCCGGGUCUAGGCGCAGCCCCAAGCUCUUUUGACAUUUUUGCAGAGACUCUCUGCUGGCUGCUCCUAAUCAUAGUCAGGUGUCCGUCCUCUAUCCACUACCUGGACAAUCUUUUGUUGAUUGAAUCAGGCUCACAAACACCAAGCAGUAUUCACAGCACCAUAGCCACCUUUUUCACUACAUUAGAGGUUCCUCUGUCACCAAGUAAAUGCUUGGUCCCUCUCCCAAGCUCGUUUUCUUGGGCAUAGUCUUAGACCCCACAACGGUCCAAGCCAGCUUAUCUCCAGAGAAAUUGACUCACAUCAUAGACGAAAUCGGCCUGUUCCUGCGGAGUGUUACAUGCACAAGGAAGGGACUCCAGUCCUUGUUGGAGUCCCUUGGCUUCACCUUGUGUAUCAUUCCGCAGAGUAGAUCUUUUUGUCUCUGGGCUACUUCAUUUGCUCCAUGGGGUGCCCGACUCCUGCCCAAUCAUACUGGACAGUCCUGCCAGGGCAGAUCUACACUAGCGGAGUAGACUCUUAGCCGAAUGGAACAGGGUCUUUUUGUUCAUUCCUCCACUAUCAAAAGCUCUCACCCACAAUCUACACAGCAGCAGCACACCCAGGGUUCGCAGCUAUUUUCGGCAACCACUGGUUUAGGGAUAACUGGCCCACUGAGACGGAUGCCUUGCAGGCCUUUAGAGAAACUUUUUCAUCUUGUUCAAGAUAUACCCCAUCGUGGCGGCCACCCAUACAUGGGGUCUUCUCUGGACCAGCAAGGCAGAUAAAAUGCUACUCAGACAAUUCUGCAGCAUGUGAAAUCAUUAACAAGGGGCAGUCAUCCUCCUUAACUAUUAUGAGGCUGAUUCGCAAGCUGACUUGGCUGGCAGAAAACUCUCAGUUCCUCCUAGACUGCAUACACAUGCCUGGUGUCCAUAACUCAGCUGCUGACGCUCUUCCACGCUCUCAAUUUCAGGUCUUCUUCCAGGCACUCCCUACGGCCCAUCACCUACCUUCCAGGAUUCCACCUCUCCAUGAGCUAAUCCUGGAUUAAACGGGCUAUUACACCACGCACAGGCACUCGCGCACCACGCACUUUCAUCCAACACACUAUCACUUAUGCUAGGGCACUGACUAUUUUUAAUACAUUCACUGCAGAGUUUUACUUACAAGGAGAUUUUCCAUUAAAACCAUGGUGGCUUUUCCCUCCUUCUGUCACCUACACCUUAAAUUAUCACACAAUAAAAACUUACCUUACCGGGGUACAACACCGCGUCCUCACAACCUUUCCUAAUCACGCACGUAUUUAUAAGGUUACGGUUCCCCCUGGCACUACCAGAUUACCAAUAGAUAGUCCUAUAUUUAGGCUAUUUAGUGACCUAUUGGACAAAUCCCCAUUUGAGUGUAACACAAAUCUGGUCAUUAAAGCCGCCAUCUUUAUGGCUUUCUACGGUUUACUCCGAUAUAGGGAGUUCAGUCAUACGUCAAGUAGAUACAGCAUUAUGCCUUAAACUUUCUCACCGAAAGAAAAUAGAAGAUAACUACAUUCUUUCAUUACCUUAUACUAAAACCUAUCACACCACUUAACCCAACUAUCAUUCCCCUCUUCCCUACCGAGAAGGUUUGGUGCCCAGUUAAAAUACUUGACAUACUCGUGUUGUCUCACCAGACGUACUCACCUGACUCCACUAUUACUACUCCAAGGGCACCCACUCACCACAGCUAAAUUUAUUUCUCACGUCAGAACCCUACUAUCAAGGUUGGGCUACAACCCGGCUUCCUUCUCUGGUCACUCCUUUCGUAUAGGCACAGCAUCUCCAACUUCAAGCUCUAACACUCCAGUCCACAUCAUUAAGAGACUGGGCCCCUGGAAAUCCUCAAUUUAUAAUACUUGUAUACCUCGACCAGAGAGGGAGCUCCGACAAGCCUUCAGAAAUCUUGCUUUGUAACUUGCAAUAAAGUGCGUUUACUCUGAAACCUCAUUUUGCCCUCUUUUUACUACAGGCCUUCUCGUACGUUGGUUUCGGCACACGUAAACCAACUUUGCAUCUCCUUCUUUCCAUUACAUAUUAGAAAUUCCGAGCACAAAUAUAUAAAUAUAUAUUUUGUUCUACAUGUAUUUUGAUAUCAAUAUAUAUUUUAAGAUACAGUUAAUAUGAAUUUACACAUAUAUUUAGUUUUUAUUUUAACGUAUUUAUUUUAUAUAUAAAUAUAUAUUUUUAAUCAAUAUCAUUCUGUGUAUUUUGAUAUUAAUAUAUAAUAAUUAUAUGCAUAUAUUAAUAUUAAAAUACACUUAGACAGUGUAUGUGUAUUUUUGUGUGUGCGUAUAUCUAUAUAUCAUAGCAAUGGCAGCAGGGGGAGUGCCUGUAAUAACAGGCACUCCCCCUGCUGCCUGGAAAAAAAAAGUUUAAAACACUUUAAAAUGAAAUAAUAUAUAUGAUCUAAGUAUAUAUAAACCAUCACAUGCCUUUCCGAUAACGUAAGGAAAUUCUUCCUUGGAGCACACAAGAUACUCAUAAGGAGAAUCACCUAGUUAGCAGCGUCACAACUCCUAUUUGCUAUGAGUACACGUACUUGGCCGGGGAAAUAUCGCAACGGACACUCUCUCAUUCCAACUUUUAGGCAUUUUUGAGGCAACACCCCACGGCAGCCAGUACACCCGAGAUAACCCCUGCUUUUUAAGACUAUUAACCGUCUGAACCAACUAAUGCAACAUGCCCAAACAUUGGCAAAACUGCUUUGUCAGACAAUACCUGAAGAAUUUACGACAGAGCAAUGACCAUUUCAACAGGGUCACGGCAGAGCACCACAUCCAUGGCACUUUCUCCAUCGACACGAUAGCAACGUUCAAUGCCCACUGCUAUUUAUGCCAGCAAAUGGCACACGACACAAAUUAUAUUUGACGGGAGUACAGCACUACUUGCUCAGCUCAUUCCCCAGCCACAGACAGUUCAUGUCAUCCUACCCGCAUUCUCGAAGAUUGACCGCGAGCGGACGACUAAUCUAAUGAUAGGCGGACAGGAAUUAAUGCACUUCUAGACACCAACCCAUCUGAACCCCUUACGACCAUUUUAAUCUAGUGGCCAUGCAUGUAACAUGCUAUGGGUUCCUACCCCCUAAUGAACAACGAUUGGAAGACUAUCCGGUACUCCGGUUUACUUUGGCAUAAUGGACCUACACAAGCAAGGAGUCCGUUAAAACUACGACGUUCCGACACAUAUUAGAUGGGCCCCCCGAUAGAGAUCCCAUGCUGUCCAGCCCACGACAAAUGGGGUCCGGUGGUAGUGUUUGGAUACUUUUGCCUCAUUCAUAUAGAGCAACAGAGCUAUUCACACUACACGACAAACCACUCACUACUGCUAAAUUUGUGUACUAGGCGAGGACCCUAGCUACUAGAUUAGUCUAUGACCCAUGAACCAUCACAGGUCACUCCCUUAAGAUUGGUGCCGCUUCCAGGUGGAAUGUGCCAGCACACAUAAGCAAGGUUGGUGGAAAUCAGCAGCUUACAGCAGUUAAAAUACUUGAGUACAUUUCACAAUCUGAGAGAGAAUUCAGGAAAGCUUUUAUAGAAGUAACUGAUAUCCGCAUUAAAGUGUAGCGAUUUAUUUCAGGCCUAACCGAUCGUCGGUAUAGGCACACCAGAACCGACUCCCAUGCAUGGCCAACUGCGUUAUGUACGGCAUAUUGUCCCCCCGACUACAAAUGUUAAGGCAGAGCCUGAAGUUGUGGGAGCGGGUUUACCCGGCCUCUUUAUACCCAGACUUACCUCUAUUCAGGGCCGAAACCGAUGCAGACCACCCACCACACCCUUUAACAAACACUUCCUUGGUGGGCCCUCAUUUAUUUCAGGCCUACCCGAUCGUCGGUUUAGGCACACCACAACCGACUCUCAUACAUAGCUAAUGGCAUUAUGUACGGCUAUUGUCCCCGACUACAAAUAAAUGUGUGUGUAUUUUAAUUCUAAGUGUGUUAAUAUAUAUUAAAAAAAUACACUUGGUAUGACAUAUAUAUAUAUAUAUAUAUAUAUAUAUACAUAUACACAUAUAUUUUAUAUAUAAAAUUUAUUUUUUUAUAUACAUUUCCAGCAGCAGGGAUACUGCCUGACAGCACAAAAAAACUGCCUCCUAACUUCUUUGGCUGGCUUUUAGGUUCAAACAAAUUUUUCAAGCCCUGCUUUAGAGCAUGUACCAGUAUUUGUGCCUGAGAGCAGAACAACCUCUUGAGCCUCCUCUUUCCUGUAGCCUUCUAUACUAAGAAUUGAUUUACAGAUAAAGAGAAAAAGUACAUGUGCAGUGUUUGUUGGAAAUUAUUAGGGCAAAGUGGAGCAGUCUCCAUUAAAACACAAUGUGCUGCCAGUUGCUCACUUUUUAUACUAAUCCUCAGAUUACACAUAACACUUAUUCAAAAAUCCAUAUAAUGGCUAGAGAUUCAAUAUCUGUCAUUUAAAUUGAAAUCACUCUUGUUUCUCUAUAUGUAGCCCUAAUUACCUCUCCUGCCAAUGAUUCUCGUAGCAUCCAUGAAAUAAAUGUUUAUGUUUUGUUAAGGCCAAUGUAGCAAAACUGGAAGCAUGCUAACUUGGAGAAAGGCUAUAGGACGUUCCUUGCCAGCCCAUACAAAGUCUGGACCUUGCAGGGGUUAAAUCCCUGUUCACACCAGGGAGCCACUGUUGGCAAAGGAUACCUCGAAUACCCUCUUUUUUUUUUUUUUGCACGGGCCAUUUAUGGUGGUCUCAGACUUUUUGAUGAGCUGCAUUGGCAGCUCUGUAAGUAGGAGUUUAAGAAUUGUAUUUUUGUCGUUGAUAAUAAAGCUUUUUUGACUUUUAAAGGAACACUGUAGUCACCAGAACCACUACAGCUUAAUGUAAAGACUUUUUAAUGUAAACACUGGCUAUCUAAGAUUCCCUGAAUAAUAAUAAUAAUAAUAAUAAUAAUAAUAAUAAUAAUAAUAAUAAAAAAAAUAAAUAUAUAUAUACAUACAUACAUACAUACAUACAUACAUACAUACAUAAAAUACAACCUCAAAGCAACAACACAUAACAUAUUACAUCGUGCCAUGAUUUAUGUAACAAAAAUUAGGGAUCGAUUGAUAUUGAUCGACUGAUCUGUGAACUUUCAGGCCGAUAGCCGAUAACUUGCCGAUAUUCUGUGCAUUUACCAUUUUGAAAAAUUAAACUUUCUAAAGGUAAAUGCACAAAAUAUACAUUCCACAUGCAGUGGAUGCAGUGUGUUUAGACAGGGGAGCGGUAUGUAUUUGUGAAGUGUGGGGAGGAAGGAUAUUUUUAACCUCCCUUAUGUACUGUGACAAGCUCCUGUACUCCAACUGAGUAGGUCCGCUUCCUAGAUGCCACAGGGGACUCUGACUCAGCCGCUAAAGCUUGACUUGGAUCACUCCGGAACUCUUUCACUUGACCAGCUGCAGCUCCCCUUUUCCAGGCAGGUAUUGUCCUUUCUGCCUUUGCCUCUUCAGCUUUCCUUCUAGGCAGGUAUUGUCCCAUCUGUCCAUUCCUCUGCAGCUUCACCUUCUCAAGCAGGUAAAAACAGCACUGUUUAUAGUAAUUGCUCCUGUAUUUAUAAAGACACUCUCAGGCCUAGCUCUCUUUUUUUUUUUAAAAAGAGAAAAUAAAAAAAAAUUCUAUUACAUGCUAUAGAUGAAAACCAGACUAUAGACCAAGACAGGAACAGCAGAGAGACAAUUUUAAAUUAGUGAGAUAGAUACCACGGUCCUCAGGGAAAAAAAAAAGAGAAGAGGAAAACAAAACAAAUAACUUUCAAAUUGUUCCUGUCUGGCAUGAAAGAUUCUCAUACAACUAGGUGUAGAGUAUUAACCCCUUAGUGACCAGACAGUUUUUUACAUUCGUGCAGUGUUUGUGUUUAGCUGUAAUUUGCAUCUUAAUUACUGUACUUACACAUUAUAUACGGUUUGUCUCACCAUUAAAUUCUUUCUGAAGAUACCAUUAUUUUCAUCAUAUCAUAUAUAAUUUACUAUAAAUUUUUUUAAUAAAAUAUGAUGAAAAAAAUUUAAAAACCCACACUUUUUCUAACUUUGACCCCCAAAAUCUGUUGUGCAUCUACAACCGCCAAAAAACACCUGUGCUAAAUAGUUUAUAAAUUUUGUCCUGAGUUUAGAAAUGCUAAGUGUUAACAUGUACAAGUAAGGCUUUUGACACUGUUGCACAUAGAAAGCUUAUCAAUAAACUGCAAUCUUUAAGUUUGGAUUCCAAUAUUGUUGAAUUGGUAAGGCAGUGGCUGAGUGACAGGCAACAGAGGGUUGUAGUCAAUGGAGUAUAUUCGAAGCAUGGGCUUGUCAUCCGUGGGGUACCUCAGGGAUCUGUACUUGGACCCAUUCUCUUUAAUAUUUUUAUUAGUGAUAUUGCAGAAGGUCUUGAUGGUAAGGUAUGUCUUUUUGCUGAUGAUACUAAGAUAUGUAACAGAGUUGAUGUUCAAGGAGGGAUAAGCCAAAUGGCAAAUGAUUUAGGUAAACUAGAAAAAUGGUCAGAAUUGUGGCAACUGACAUUUAAUGCGGAUAAGUGCAAGAUAAUGCAUCUUGGACGUAAAAACCCAAGGGCAGAGUACAGAAUAUUUGCUAGAGUCCUAACCUCAACAUAUGAGGAAAGGGAUUUAGGGGUGAUUAUUUCUGAUGACUUAAAGGUAGGCAGACAAUGUAAUAGAGCAGCAGGAAAUGCUAGCAGAAUGCUUGGUUGUAUAGGAAGAGGUGUUAGCAGUAGAAAGAGGGAAGUGCUCAUGCCAUUGUACAGAACACUGGUGAGACCAGGAGAUUUGCACGCAGUACUGGAGACCGUAUCUCCAGAAGGAUAUACUUUGUGGAGAGUUCUGAGAAGGGCUAAUAAACUGGUUCAUGGAUUGCAGGAUAAAACUUACAUAGAAAGGUUAAAGGACUUGUUUUCCUGGCACUAUAGUGCCUUGAGGGUGCCCCCACCCUCAGGGUCCCACUCCCGUGGCGCUGAAGGGGGAGGAAGGGGCUAAUCCCUUAUCUUUUCUCCGGCGCUGGGACUCUCCUCCCUCUUCUGACGUCACCGGCUGAAUGUGCAGGCGCGGCAAGAGCCGCGCAUUCAUUCCGUCCAUAGGAAAGCAUUCUCAAUGUUUUCUUAUGGGUGCUGGCAUCUUUUCACUGUGAAAAUCACAGUGCGAAGCGCCUCUAGCGGCUGUCAGUGAGACGCCACUAGAGGCUGGAUUAACCCUAAAGUAAACAUAGCAGUUUCUCUGAAACUGCUAUGUUUACAGCAAAAAGGGUUAAACAUAGAUGGACCUGGCAACCAGACUACUUCAUUAAGCUGAAGUGGUCUGGGUGCCUAUAGUGGUCCUUUCACAUGUAUAGCUUGGAGGAAAUAAGGGACAGGGGGAAUAUGAUAAAAACAUUUUAAAUGCAUAAGGGGAAUCAACACAGUAAAGGAGGAGAAUAUAUUUUAAAAGAAGAAAAACUACCACAACAAGAGGACACAGUCAUAAAUUAGAGGGGCAAAGGUUUAAAAAUAUCAGGAAUUAUUACUUUACUGAGAAAGUAGUGGAUGCAUGGAGUAGCCUUCAAGCUGAAGUGGUAGAGGUUAACACAGUAAAGGAGUUUAAACAUGCAUGGGAUAGGCAAAAGGCAAUUCCUAACUAUAAGAAAAGUCCAGGGACUAAUGAAAGUAUUAAGAAAAUUGGGCAGACUAGAUGGGCCAAAUGGUUCUUAUCUGCCAUCACAUUCUAUGUUUAUGUUCUUAGCUUUUUUUGGAAAGUUAUAAGGCUAUAAGUACAAGUAGCACUUUGCUAUUUCCAAACCAUUUUUUUUUUCCUCUCAAAAUUAACGCAAGUUGCAUUGUAACACGGAUAUCUCAGGAGUCCCUGAAUAACCCUUAACAUAUUUUUUUAAAGACUCAUAUUUUUACUCUUUUCAUGCAACCAUUUUACCACCAAUCUAUGCCAAAUGUAAAAAAUAAAAUAAUUGAUUUUUUUUUUUUUUGGACACGCACAGCAAUUUAGGAAUACAUGUACGGCGAACUUUAAGGGUUACUGCCAGAGAACACCUUAAUAUGUGUUCCGAAACAUCUCCUAAGUACAGUGUUAUCCCGGCCAUGUAUAGGUAUGUCGGGUUCUUUGGGGGCUAAAAGACCUUAUUGUGCUUUCCGGUUUUCCAACUUGGGAUUUUCUCAGCUGGUCUUCAUGCACACAUGUCCUAUUUGGGACAUUUUUGAAGCCGGCCACUGUAAUUUACCCCCUUCAAACCAUAUAUUUUUUUAAAAGUAGACACCCUAAGGUAUUUUAAUGGUGGUAUUUUAACACUUUCCAUGCACUAAUUCUACCACCAGUCUUUGUCAAAAUUUUGGCUAGUCAUUUUUUUUUUUCUCUCACAUUGUACUUUAGGCAUGAGUUCUCAGUUCCUGUUAUGUGUUACUGACCAAGAACACCCCAAUAUGUGUUCAGCAACAUCUUCCGAGUACAACAGUGCCUCCAAUUUACUGUUUUUUUUUUUUGUUGUUGCAAACUUACAGGGGUCAAAUGUAGGGCUUUUCCAUUUUGCACAUUGAAAUUUGCCAGAUUGUUUUGUUGGGCCUAUGUUGCCUUUGAGACCUUAUAGCAGCCCAGGAUUGAAAAUUAACCCCAUCAUGGCAAAUGAUGUGUAAAAGUAGACAACCCACGAUAUUCAAAAUGGGGUAUGUCCAGUCAUUUUUAGUAGCCACUUAGUCACAAACUCUGGCCAAAAUUAGCGUUCAAUUUAGUUUUUUUGCAUUUUUCACAUACAAACAAAUAUGAGCGCUAACUUUGGCCAGUGUUUUUGACUAAGUGGCUACUAAAAAAGUCUGGACAUACCCCAUUUGUAAUACCUUGGGCUGUCUACUUUUGCAAAUGGUAUGCCAUCACAUGGGUAAUUUUCAUUCCUGGGCUACCAUAUGGGUCGCAAAGGUAACAUAACCAAUCUUGGAAAUUUCAAUGUGUAUAUACUGAAAAAUGUAACCUGCUAUAUUUAAAGGAUCACUAUUGGGUCAGGAACACAAACAUGUAUCCCUAUAGUAUUAAAACCACCAUCUAGCACCCCUGGGCCCCUCAUGCCUCCAUAAAUAUUGCAAAAUCUUACUCUAUUCAAGCCAGAAGCUGUAGAUCUGCAUGCUGUUUGCCUAAAAAAAAAAGCAGUCUGCUGACAUCAGAAGUGGUGGCCUGUUCCAAUCACAAUGCUUCCCCAUAUGAUUGGCUGAGACUGACAAAGAAGCAUAUCAGGGGCAGAGCCAGCAAAAUUCAAACACAGACCUGGCCAAUCAGCAUCUCCUCAUAGAGAUUAAUUGAAUCAAUGAAUCUCUAUGAGGAAAGUUCAGUGUCUGCAUGCAGAGGGAGGAGAUACUGAAUGUUUGGAUGCAUUUUAGGCAGCCAUGACCCAGGAAGGAUCUCUAACAGCUAUCUGAGGAGUGGCCAGUGAAGUUUUCACUAGGCUGUAAUGUAAACACUGCUUUUUCUCUGAAAAGGCAGUGUUUAUAGCAAAAAGCCUGAAGGUAAUGAUUUUACACACCAGAACAAAUUCAAUAAGCUGUAGUUGUUCUGGUGGCUGUAGUGUCCCUUUAAACCUGUAACUUUCAAAAACUCCAUAAAACCUGUACAUGGGGGGCUACUGUUUUGCUCGAAAGACAUCACUAAAUACAAAUUUGUGUACUUUAUUGCAGUAAGCGCUAACAGUAUUAUGACAUUCACUGUUAAAAUGCCAUGCAGAACAAAAAAAAAUAACAAUGUCCUAAUUUCUCACAUUUAUUUAUAUUAAAUUAUUUCAUAUAUAAAUAUUGGAUGUGACAUGAAAGCCCUAUUUCUCCUGACCAAAAUCAUAUAUAAUAAGUGUGGGUGCAUUUAAUAUGAAAGAGGUGAAUAAUAGUUGGACAUACAGCGCAAAUUUCAGGUUUUGUUUAUAUUUUGAUCACAACUUGUACAAUUGGCUCAGUCCUUAACUUAAGGACAGCGGGCAUGCUAUGCCAUCCUUGGGGACCUGGUUCUAAAUGCUGGCGGGCGGCAUAUCAAGUCCUAGUCUUCCUAUGUACUUACCAGCUCGUUGGCGAUCGCGGUAGGGGGACUUACCUGGCAUCUCAGAGAGUCCGCCUGCUGCUGUUUCGGCCCUCGCAUGGACCGCAUAGUCGUCCACAGCAUUGCCAGCAGGGGGACUGCCUGGAAUGUUAACAAAAAAAGUUAACUCAGUUUAUAAUAAAACAAUAUAUACUUAGAUCACACACUGAUAUUGUUGUGAUACGUUUUACUGUUUUGAAACCCUCGUAUUUUAUUUCAGUCCAGUCUUUUUUAGUAGCCACUUAGUCACAAACACUUGCCAAAAUUGGCGUUCAAAUUAGUUUUUUGCAUUCACACACAAACAAAUAUUAACACUAACUUUGGCCAGUGUUUGUAACCAAGUAACUACUAAAAAGAGUGGACAUACCCCAUUUGCAAUACCUUGGGUUGUCUACUAUUGCAAAUGGUGCGCCAACAUGGGGGUAAUUUUCAUUCCUGGCUACCAUACGGUGGAGAAAUAGCAAUAUAAUUUUUCAAAUAUAUAACAUCAUUACAACAUUCCAAACUAUUGGAAUACAAAGAUAUAUCAAUGCAACAUAUCUGUUUUUACAACCUCUUAAUUUGUAUAUUGCUAUUAUGCCAACAAUGUGUUUUUUGAUUUAACCAACAGAGGGCCAAGCCUAAAAGAAAUCCCUUUUUAAAACAAGGAUAUCCUAAUCUUGCAUUAUUUAGCACUGUAGUUUCGAUAAAGCCUUUAUUCUUGUUAAUUCAUUUUUUUCUUUAAUUUUUGCAGUUUACCAGGUAUUCUGCAUUGCUGGUUGGAGUAAUAUAUGGGAAGAAAAGAUAUGGUAAGAUAAAUGUCCAGUUUUAAAUUAAAUUUAAAAAAAAAUGUAUAUAUGCAUGAGGGCAGGUUGUAUCAGGGGCACAGUGCGUAAUAUAUAUAUAAAUUUUUUUUUAUUAUUAUAAAUUUUUUAAUACCCCUCUUCCCUGCUUACCUUUGCGUGGGAGGGGGGGACAUUUCCUGCAACGCUCCAAGCUCGCGAGAGAAAAACCCGUCGGAGCUGCAAGUCCUCUCUUAUCUCCUCUCUGGUCCUGCAGAGCCAGCAGGGGAGAGGGAGGCACAUUUUUCCAAUGCUAUGAUCAAAGUGUUGCUGGGCUGCCUGUUCGUGAAUUGCCUGUCUUAUUAUGUGUUUCCCCAUCUUUUCGUGUCUUCUGCCUGCUUCCUGUUCGGGAGCGCUUCCAUGAAAAAUUCAUUUGUCUCCCGAACGGGGACCAUCCCUGUAACGGACCGUUUUGCACACAAGAGGUAAAAACCGUUUAGUAGAUCUUCCCCUUCCAGAUGCACAGGCACAGAUACUGCAGAACACCAAUCCGCCGAACUGGAAACCAUAUGAAUGCUGUAAACAGCCGAAUAGGAAAAACCAUACGAAUAGGUUUACACUCCUAGCAGUCAAACUGGAACAGCAUACAAUAAACCCCCCCAAGAACGAGACAAAGCUCCGUGUUGAGGGUCAAGCAGUGAACUGCCUGGACUGGCACGUACAGCCUCUUUUAUUCCUAAUCCACAAACUUAGUACUGCCCACAGGGUUUUACAUAACAACCAAUAACACACGUACAUUACAGAAAGACACUCCCACACAAAAUCCUCUGGCUGUGAUAUGAUUACUGAACACAAUGGUUAAUCUAAUUAUCACAGCCAGAGAAAUAGUUUUUCCACAUUAUUCAUAACUUGAAAAGUAUGCAUCACAUUCACAUAAAACUUACAUUUUCAGAAUCAGCAUACUCCAAAUACAAACAUAAAUCAUACAUAUUGGUCCAGUGGUUCAAAAGUUAAGGAAAAGUCCUAUUUGACCAAAUGCAGCAUGGCUUUUCUGCCCAAAACCAGUUCCACAGAAUCUUCUAUCCUGGAGAUAAUUGGGGAAGUAAUCCAAUUAUCUCCAGGAAAGAGGCAAAACUCCAUUAGCCACAUGGCAGCAAAAGACAAUAAAACACAUAAAAACAUAUAACUGUGCAGCCAUUGCACAAAACAGGUACAUUCAACAUAUCCCCAGAUAGCUCACAUCUGAGCGCACAUUAUUACUGAAUGGCGCUCAGAGCACACAUGUACAGUUCAAUUGCCAUGGAGCCAAAGUCUUUCCCAUAGUCUUUCAUUAUACGAAUGGGCUCCAUGGCAUAGCUAUCUGGGGUAUCACGGCUCAAACAGGGCAAGCACCAAAUGACCCGGCUUUCUUGUCUUCGCAGGGGAAAUUAAAGCGUUUCAACAUGGGGCCAUAGUCUAAAGGCAGCAGGCGAGCAACCAGGCUUCUCCAAUGCAAUGUGGCGAGAUUGGUCUCGUCACAACCCCAAUAUCCCAUUUAGAAUUUUAGUUUGUAACAUUCACACCUCGCAACAUGGUGAGCACUCUGAUGGCUGGCGGCCAUUCAUGCAGACGAAUGCCAGCAAGUGGGAGCGUUCGUGGAUUCUGGAUUUCCUUCCUAGUGCCACAUUAGAACGCUCACACUAAUUAUUCAGAACAUUCGCGCUUGCAACAUAGGUGUGAAGUAAUUAAUGAGUGCUUCCCUGGGUGGCCCCUAUGUCAUACGGACGAAUGCCGUCCUGGGGGAACAUUCGUACCCCGAAAGGAGACGCUUUCCACAGAGACCUUGCGAGAGGAGCCUGGUCGAGUCAGGUACCACUGCGAGGGUCCCUGAGAUUGGUGUAAGCACUGGUGGGCUUUGCGGUGCCCGCUGGUACAAAGAGACCACAUCUUUUUUACCGCGGACGGGCUCUCUGUGCCUGGGAGACAAAGGGACGGUCUUUUUCCCGCACUUGGUUUCCCAGGUACAGAGGCUCAUGGGAUGAAGACCCCCUGUCCCUGGUUGUGGGAAACCCUGUGUUUGGGUCACGGGCUUUUGGAGACAAAGGGACAAAGCCCUUUUCUCGUGCUAGGAUCCCUGGGAGAGGAAAUUGUUUGCUGUGUUACACCCCUUGCAUGGGGUUAUACUUAAAAGCCGUGUGUGGCCAGUAAAGUGGUUGUUGUACCUCCAGAACUGUGUGUCGUCCAGUUACUGUGGGGGAAAAGGGUAUCUUGAAAUCCUAAAUGAUUCCUGUUCAGCUGAAGGAAGAGAAAUAGCGGAGGUAACAGGACGAGUUACCAAGUGAUCCGCUACACAUAGCACCAGGAAAUAUCUCGCGGCUCCCCUGUGUGCCCGGCGCCUGCGGCACACUGUUUGGGAACCGCUGGGUUACACUGUAGCAAUACCUCCAAUGUAGAACAGAACCAUUGGCAGUCACGUACCCUCUUUAUUUUUUGCCCUGAAUUCUGAACCAGCAGCUUUUCUCAUUAGCCAUGCCAAAUCAUAUCAGAAAUGCUUCCUUAUCAGAGUAUUUACAGCUGCUUUUAAUUAACUACCAAGCAGCAUAUUGAUUUAAAAGCAAAUCUAAAUUGUCAAGUUGUCUCAAUGCCUGGAAUGUCCAUAUAAAUCUAAAGAAUAGUAGGGGGAAGAACAUAGGACCAAAUAUAAUACUUUUCUGGUCCUUGGCCAUUUUGUUUAAAAGAACACUCUAAACCCCCACCCCCUUAAAUAUAUAGACUUACGAUCGGUCCACAACAUUUUGGUGACUCUGCAGCUAUUUUUCCUUAUUUACCACAGGGAAUAAUUGUGUUCUAGCACACAUCCGCAUCUCCUUAUAGAGUUGUAUUAGCUCAGUGCAUAUAUAUGGGGAGCGUUCAGGAUCUUCAUGCAGUAUGUGAAGAUGUCGAAUGUUGGUCCUACAAAUACUGCAGGGGUAGGCAACCUUUGGCACUACAGAUAUUGUGGACUACAUAUACCAUAUUCUGUUACAGCCAUAAUGCUAGCAAAGAUGCAGUUUCCAACAUAUGCAUCUAGUGGCUGAGUGAUGGCCACUAGAGGGGAAGGCAGCCUUCAGGACUCCAAAUGUUGUUUACUACAUCUCUCCUGAUACUGUGCCAGUAUUAUGGCUUUAAGAGCUUUAUGGGAGAUGCACGCCACUGUGUUGUCUAAAUACCUCAAUAAGAUCAUCCAUCCCUAUCAUAAUUUUUUUUUUUUUUUUGGCCCAAUCCAAUGCUUCUCAAUUAAAGCUAUUCGGACAUACUGGGCAUGCUCAGCUACGAGCAUUACUGAAAUGCCAAAUGUGAAGGCUAUCAAUUAUUGAAAGUCUCCACAAAGAAGAGCCAUCCUUUGUGACAAAUCUAGGUACUACAGUUUUGCAUUUAACAGACUGCAGGUUCAGGGUCUUUAAAGGACCACUAUAGUGCCAGGAAAACAUACUCGUUUUCCUGGCACUAUAGUGCUCUGAGGGUGCCCCCACCCUCAGGGACCCCCUCCCGCCCGGCUCUGGAAGGGGGAAUGGGGUAAAAACUUACCUUUUUCCAGCGCUGGGCGGGGAGCUCUCUGCCUCCUCUCCUCCUCCGAUCAUCCUCCUGGGCUGAAUGCGCACGCUCGGCAAGAGCUGCGCACGCAUUCAGCCCGUCGCAUAGGAAAGCAUUUAUAAUGCUUCCUUAUGGACGCUUGCGUGCUCUCACUGUGAAAAUCACAGUGAGAAGCACGCAAGCGCCUCUAGUGGCUGUCAAUGAGACAGCCACUAGAGGGAAUAGGGGGAAGGCUUAACCCAUUAAUAAACAUAGCAGUUUCUCUGAAACUGCUAUGUUUAUAAAAGAAUGGGUUAACCCUAGAAGGACCUGGCACCCAGACCACUUCAUUAAGCUGAAGUGGUCUGGGUGCCUAGAGUGGUCCUUUAAGCACCAAAACCAUUACACCUUAAUAGGAGUCACAGUUUUGGAGCAGAGUUUCCAUUGCAUAUUCAGUUGGAAGCACUGCCCACAUACAAAAGAAUAGAUAAAAUUGGUGUUGAGUAGGUUUACAUCCAGUGAAAACAUCAUUGAAUUGAAUUUUCCGUUGUCUUUUUUUCAUUGGGUUUUAUAUGUAAAACCAACUUAGAAAAGCUGCAGAUUUAUUGUAUGAGGCUUUUGCAAGCCAUCCCCUUCUAACUAAGCCCAGACUUUGCCUGUCGAAGUCUUGAAUGUGAAGUCUUUGCAAAGCAGGUGCUCGGGACAAAUACCUGCCUCCACUGAGCUAAACAACCAGGAAGUAACAUGAGCAGUUGUCUGACAGCUGGGUAUGUAACAAGAUUUCAAUUUCAGUUGAAAUUUGUGCUUUUUGUACAUACUACAAUGCACAUAAUACACUUUAGCAAGCUGACCUGAUAAAAAGGUCUGUAAUUUCCUCUUAAAAUUACAUGCCAUGUUUUUAUUGUCAGAUAAUUUGAAGCCUAUUGCUGAAGAGGAAAGGCGGAUAGAAGCUGAAGAGAAAAUUAAGCGUGAUGAAGCGGAACGAAUUGCUAAGGAGUUAGCAGCAGGUAACUAUUUAGUCUCAUUUAAAGGGAUACUCGAAGCACACAUAACUUAUGUUCUUUGCAUGGGUUGCAGUGCAAGAAGGAUCCAUGUCUCCUGCACACAAUUGUUUUUAACUGCAGUAAUAUGAAGAAAAAAAUAAAAUAUUAUAAGCCCCAUGCUCUGACUGAGAGAUCAAAGAAGAAAGCAGAUGCUUUCUAAAAUAUUUGCAAAACAUUAAAGUUCCCCUCUGCACUAAUGGGAUCGUACACUGCUUACUAUAAAUGAACUUCAGCUUUGUGAUUGCAUUGAAUAGCUCCAAACACAAAAAUGUAAAUGUAGCUGGUUUAUUUAUCACAUAUGAGCGAGUGGUGGUGAGAGCUUUAUGUGAUAUGAUCUACUUCUAGGCACAGGAUACUUACAUGAUUUUGCUAUUUCAUGACAAAAAGUCAUGAUUUUAUUAAAGACACAGAGGCGAGUAUUGCUUAACCCUUUCUUUACUGUCCACCAAUAGCAGCAAAGAAUACAAACAGAAAAAAUGUUAACCAUAGUGAUAAGCCACUCCCAUACCAAGUCUCACUAUAAUAGUCAGCACCUCCCCACAUAUUUCCUCUUUCGUUGGAGAUGCGACACAAAAAUAGCAAAACAGGAACCGAUGAAUCAGUCCAACCACAGCCGAACAACCGUCCCGAAAUCCAGCCGGACUCAAAUCGGGAACCAUAAACGAAGUGGGACCAAUCCGUCGAAGAAUAGAAACUGCAACAGUGAGCCCAUCAUCCAGCCAACGAAUUGAAGCCUUGUGGGAAGUAGUGAGGGACCCCCAUGGAAUACAGAAUCAACCUGUGAAAACAUAAAAACAGGAGCCGAACUGUUAAAUCGGUACUUAAACCAAAGUGCGCAUGCCAAGACACUUCAUAUUGAUAACUGAAGAACAAAGUGCCCAUAUAGCAAGAAAAAACCCACCAGACAAAACAUACAACAUAGUCAGGUCACAUGAGCAUAAACUAAAAUAAAUACAGAGCGCAUCAUACAUACCUACCACACCCUGCAAUCCCACAUAAGAGAGAAAAUCAACAGGGAGGGAGAAUCAAAUGAAAUAAACGUAGAAGGGUGGGACAAUACUCGCCUCCCUGUCUUUCCUAAAAUCAUGACUUUUCGUCAUGAAAUAGCAAAACCGACACAGAGGCUCAUAUUGCAAGUUUAAAGCUGAUCAAUAACAGAAGAAAAAGCGUGAGGGGCUGAUCUAAAGUAAAAUUCACUAAAAGUGGAAUUGCGGGACCAGUCUGCCAUCCUCAUGUUGUCUUUUAGACGCGCCCCCGAAGCCACCAUAGACUUGGCUAGUGCCCCCUGGGAGGAAUGGGUGCUAAAGAUGAAUGUAUCCACACAUCACCCUAAAUGUCACCCUGUCCGAAGUGAAAGACCUAGCAUCAUAGUCCAGGGCACGAACAUCCAAAACCCAUUUGCAUGAAAUGAGGCAAGAAAGUGAGACCAACUUGACCGACAAUUGUCGUAAGGAGAGGCUGAGUUAGGAGACCAGAAAGUAAAGAGCGAAAAAAAAACUCAGGAGACGUCCCAAGUAGAAGAGUAUCGGAGAGGGUGUCCCCGGCCCUAUGGUCCAGAAGAAGGUCUGGAUAGGAUGGCAGCAGUCUGGGUACAUCCAUCGCCAGUUUCAGCAGCUGUGUGAACCAUGAUUGGGUCCCCCAGAAUGGGGUCAACAAAAUCAGGUUGGUCAUUUGGCGGCGAACUUGGAGCAGGACCCAAGGGAUCAUGGCAAACGGAAGGCAUAAGUAAGAAAGCCGGUCCAGUCUUGCGGAAAGGCGUCUACUGCCUCUGCGGCCGGAUCCAGCCACCAGCUGUAGAACCAUGGUAAUUGGGUAUUGAACCGGGACGCAAAGAGGUUGAUGGCAAAAGGUCCCCAGAGAGACUCGAUAGCGGAGAACACCCCUACGUCCAAUCUUUAAUCGCUGCUGUCAGACAGUGUGAACUCCAGUCCACGUGAAUGUUGUGGAGUCCCGGGAGGUAUCCCGUCUGGACAACCAGAUCCCCGGCCAAGCAAUAAGCCCAAAAGUUCUUCACCAAGCAGGCUUGAAUUGCUGACUGCGUGCUCCCCGUGUGAUUGACAUAGUGGACCGCAAAGAUGUUGUCCAUGCGCAGCCGGACAUUCCAAGCUGAGAGGUUGUGGAUCCACCAGGUCAACUCAUCCCAAGUCUGCGUCCAGAGAGACCAAUGUCCGCAAUGGAUGCCCUGUUGAGGUGUGCAAUCUUCAGGUGUUUUGAGGGCACAGUAAUGGAGAGGGACUGGGAACACCGCCUGGACUGAAGAUGCCAGUAGUCCAAUGAUCCGUGCCAGAUGGCGUAGCGGAUGGUCCGAAUCUUGGACCAUCCGCUUAAGGCUGAGUGAUUCCGAUUCGGAGUCUACGGUGAACCAGAGGAACUCCAUGUGUUGCGAAGGGGAUAGGCAGGAUUUCUCCCAGUUGAGGAGGAAACCCAGACGAGAGAGGAGGUCCAUCGGCCAUUGCAGAUGCCUCAGGAGGACCGAACGAUCCUGUGCCAUGAUGAGGCUGUCGUCCAAGUAGACUGUCAGCCGAACUCCUCGUCUACGCAACCAAGCCAUGGCUGGGCGCAUCAAUUUUGUGAAGCACCAAGGAGCCGACGAGAGUCCAAAGGGAAGGCAUGUGAAGCGCCAGGUGUCGCCUUUCCAGAGGAAGCGUAAUAAGCACCUUGACGUCUCGGCCACUGGGACUGUCAAGUAUGCGUCCUUUAGAUCUAAUUUCGCCAUCCAGUCGUCGCGAAGGAGUAACUCUCGCAGGAGGUUGAUGCCCUCCAUCUUGAAAUGGCGGUAGCGCACCAAGGAAGGUGUUGAGGGGACGGAGAUUGAUAACUGGGCGCAUCUGCCCGCCCUUUUCCUGCAGGAAGAUGUUGCUGAAUACCCUUGCAGGGGACGUGGGGGCUAGUUCUAACGCCCCUUUUGUUUGAAGGGCCGACAAUUCCACGUCUAUCAAGACGCGGUCGUUCACGGAGAGUGAAAUAGGGCGAGGAGGAGGAAUGUGACACGGAGUGUUAACCAAUUCGAUGUGGACCCCCUGAACGGUGGUCAGAACCCAAACAUCUGAGGUGAUGGCUGAUCAAGUGUGGCCCCUACACAAACAUUGGGGAAAAAAACAUGAGGUAGAUGUAAGCUUACAGUAAGGGCAUCUGGAACCAGAGUUCCCUCUGAAGCCUCUGGAUCACCAUGGCCUUCCACGUGAAGGCAAGGUGUAGGAGCCUCGUCCCCAUCCACGGGAGUGGUAGUUGGAACCUGACAGGCGACCUCUGAAUCUGCCUGCCCUGGUAGAGACCCGCCCUUGAAAUACCCUCUUCAUAGAGGAUUGGGCCUUGUCUAGGGCUGUAAAAGCUCUCACAAAGUGCCCCAGGUCCUUUAUAAAGAAGUCCCCAAAUAACAGGCUCUGGGUAUCCAUCAUUUGCGUUUUGGAGGCAGAGGGACUUAAGUGCCUGGAUUUGGCGGUAGCCUUUUUAGGUCUGAGCCAGGUCGCGUUAUGCGCCUUGGUGUGGCCGAACUUUCUGCUGCCAGUGUAAGGCCUGGGAGAGAGCAGAAGACAUAGAGCCCAUAGCAGCCAUUAUGGCAUCAGUGACUGAACGCUGUAGCGACAUAGGGUUCACUGCAGAUGAAAGGAAAUUAGAGCUGGAAGAGGGGUUACCCAAACCCUGGGGUAUUUCCAUCUCCCAGGGGAAAGGGGGCAGACAGGCACUUUAGGUUUGGGCAUUAGUAAUGCUGUGAGAUUCCCCAACAAAAAUACAAGGUUUACUGAACAAAUAGACUAAACAAAAUAAAAACAGUACAGGCUAUUAGGAGUUAAUCACCCCAGAGUAGAUAUUCACCAGAGAGGGUAGAGAUAGGGGAGCUCACCAGGUCCCAGACCGGCAGACAGGAAGAGACACGAGGUAGAGCACAGAGCCAGAAGGACAGGGUGUCAGAAAAUGGCCGCCACCAGUCUUGCGAGAUUCGCAGCAAAAAAUCCAGUGAAUGCGUCCAAUUCACGAACCAAACGUUCGGUAAAAAGGGGACAUAUUCGUGAGAACAAACGAACGAAUGGUAAGAAUAUAAGAAACUGAUGAACGAAGAACCUUUCGUGUAAAAUAGUCAAACACGGCAAACAGACGAAUGAUGCUAUAUGCCGGUAAAACUAACGAACAGCAUGGAUUUGUGAUGAAUUAAGCCGAACAGGCUUGGUUCACACACGAAAUCAGCCGAACAGAGGUGUUGAAACAGGCGCAAAAGGGCGCCAAACAGUCAGAAGGGGGAGAGAGCCCUCGGCUUAAAGGUAACAAACAUAGGCAUAAUAUAAGCCAACAAUAUAAGUAAGAAAACUGUUUUGACUAUAAGAAAAAUAAAGCAAUACUUAUUUUAAUAACAAUAAUUUUGAGAACAAUAGUAAUAAUAAAUAACUAAUAAUAAAUCAAUCAAAUAUAGGUAAGAGAAAAUGUGUCAUGUACUUAUCUUUGGGUGUAGCAGCAAAGAAAGAGAAAAUAUGUGGAGAGGUGCUGACUAUUAUACUGGGACUUGGUAUGGGAGUGGCUUAUCACUGUGGUUACCACUUUUUCUUACUGUUUGUAUUAUUUGCUGCUAUUGGUGGACAGUAAAGAAAGGGUUAAGCAAUAUGAGCCUCCGUGUCUUGACAUAAAAUUAGCUGAACCAACUUUUAGUCUUUGGAGAGCUCACUGCUGACGCUACAAACCCAAGUCAAUGCAGAAUCUUUAAAGGCUUUUAAAAUUUUUAUCUAUUAGAUAAUUGGGUCAUUUCCAACAUGGAGUGCGUCUUUUCAAAUUCAAACACCGUGACCACUACAGUAUGCUAAUUUCUUAACACUGACCCGUCAAGUACACAAACGUAUUCUUAGCCUCCCAUACUUCUCCAGAAUUUCACAUAGGUGCACUGUUUUGUUACGUUAUUGGGAAAGCUCAUUAUUGUGAAAGCUCUGAGAUUAAUGUGCAGCUUGUAAUAUAAUUUUUAAAUAUAUUAAACUCUGCAGUGCACGGUUUAUGUAAAUGCAUUGUUUUGUGUUAAAAUUCAUAUUGCAUGGCUUCUGAACAUAGCUGGUAUUCUGUUUAUUAAUGUGUGUUACAUCAUGGGAACAAGUUGAACAACAUGCACAGACUUAUUGAAAAUGUGGAUGCUACCAGCAAGUAGAGGGGAGGAAAAAGUUGAGAUGGGGUGGGGGAAGUAGCAGAAUAAACUUGAUUUUAAGAAUAAUAUGCAUAUAAAGUUUUUAGCAUUUUUCAAUUUUAUUUUUUUUAUUUUUUAGCAAACGAAGACACCAUCUUGAAAUAAAUAUUCAAUCAAAAUCCAUCUCUUGCUUUUCAAGAACAUAAAAAUGUUCAGUGGCUGGCAAAUGUACAUUGUAUGUUGAAGACAUAAAAUAUAAAAAUUAAAAUGUAA